UCGUCUGAGAGCACCACUUCAAAAUUCGGCGUGACUGUUUAUUUCUCUGGAUUCUGACCUGGGCUACAGAGCACUGUUUUCUCAGCACUGUCUCAUUUGGCAUGUUUAAGCCCCAAUUAAAUCAGCAAGAGUUAAAAAUGAGACACUGAGGUUGGACAAUGUGGACUUAGGCCGAUGCUUAGCUGAAGGUCAUCGACACAGCUACAGAGACCUACCACAAACUGGUCUCCUGGAGGCGCUUUUCGUUUAUACCGUGCGCACGUCUGCACGUAAACAUGAAACUUGGGCAUAUCCUACCCAAAUUCUAGAUCAAUUCAUGUCAUAGCUCAGUUUGAUGAUUUCUGAUCAGUCUGUUAUGCUGGAGUCGAUGUUUUGAGGAUUCAUUGCUUGUAAAACAGCAGCUACAGCUACAAACGUCUAGUCAGGAUGAUGGAGGCAGAGAUUAUCCCUCAUGGUUCAUCGUAUAAAAUAAACAGGUCUGCAACAAAUGAAGGAGUUACAGCAACACAGACUUUUACUCCAAGGCAGUAUCAGGUUGAAUUGCUAGAUGCUGCAUUGGAUCACAACUCAGUUAUCUGUCUUCAGACGGAUACCAGCAAAACAUUCAUUGCUGUGAUGUUGAUGAAGGAGCUGUCAAAGGCCCUACGCUUGCCCUUGCAGGAAGGCGGCAAGAGAAUGAUGUAUCUUGUGAACGAUGUGAGCACCGUUCUGCAACAAGCUAGUGUCAUCCGGGAACACACGGAUCUAUCUAUUGGGGAAUUUAUAAGUUGUUCGUCUGUUGAUGAUCACUUCAGUGUGGCAGAGUGGAAACAAAAGUUUGUCCUGUGCCAAGUAAUCAUCACAACAGCCAAGGUAUUCUUAAAAGUACUUGAAGCCAGAUUGGUAUGUCCUUCUCAGCUCAAUUUGUUGAUAUUUGAUGAGUGCCACCUUGCCACUGACAAACACCCUUAUUGUGAGAUAACGAGGACUCUUAGCGAACGGACUGAUUUGUCUUGCCUUCCUCGUAUCAUGGGGAUGACUGCCUCCAUUCUUCACAGCAAAUGUGAGCCGGAGACUUUGGAAAAGAAACUCAAAGCGCUUGAGCAAACUCUGAAGAGUGUUGUGGAGACAUACUCCAGCGGCUGCCUUACUAGGUUUUGUGCUAAACCCAAAGAAGCAAUUGUCGCCUGUAAGGUGGAAGAAGGGUUCAAGAAUAUAAGCAAGCUGGUGCAUAAUGUUUUAAAUGAAUCGUUACUCUUCAUGCAAGAGUGCAGUGUGCAAUAUAAUGCAGUAGAAGGUGAUCCUUUGAUGCCUGUGGAGCGGGCAAUCAGAGAAUGCCUCAUGACCUUUGAAGCCAUAGGUCCAUUAGGAUUAAGGAUAAUGGUUCCAAUGCUGUUGAAGAAGCUUCAGAGAAUUGAAAAGCGUGCAUCAAAUUCCCUGAGUAAGCUCAUACUCCAUUACGGUUGUACUCAGCUUCGCUUGGCAAGAAAGAUUUGUGAAAGUUCCAUCGUGGAACUAGAGGAUCCACUUGAUUUGAGACUGACAACUCCAAAGGUACGUCGCCUUCUUGAAGUACUGAAAGAAUUUCAACCAAGUGAGGAAUCAGAGGCUGGCUUUGAAAUCCAGGAAACUGUGAGGCGUCCUAACAGAACAUUAGGGGGUGGAAUUUUGCAUAAAAUGCAUAAUGAGAGGUUGACGAGUAACAGACUACAUCCCGUAUACAGCUAUGAUGAUGAGGAGGAGAGCAAUUCAGAUGACGAAGACCAUGACAAGGAAGAAAAUACCGAUGCACAGGGUGAAACCAACAUGUAUGGCAUUGUCCUUGUGAAUCGCCAUUUCCUAGCAUUAGUCCUGGACAAAUUGGUGCACAAACUACAAAGGAAGGAUCCUGUAUUGGCAUUCAUCAACAGCAGCUGCAUUGUUGGUCAUCACCAGGGAGGUGUAGAGGUGUUGGGUGUGACAAAGGAACAGCAGUUUAAGAAACAAGAGGAAAUCUUAAGGAGGUUCCGACGACAUGAGAUAAACUUGCUGUUUGCUACAAGUGCACUUGAGGAAGGUGUCGAUGUUCCCAGGUGUAACUUGGUGAUUCGCUUUGAUGUUCCUGAUCACUAUCGGUCCUAUGUCCUUUCCAAGGGGCGUGCUCGGGCACCCAACUCACAUUACAUUAUGUUGGUUGAAGAAGCAAAUCUGGAGCCAUUCACUAGGGAGCUUGGUAACUUUCAGGAAAUUGAUAAGAUCCUACAAAGGAAAUGUCACCAUAGAGAGCAGCAGUGUUGGGAUGAAACAGAUCUCCAGGAGGCAGAUUCUCUUUGUGCUCCAUACAGACCAAACAAGGCAGAAGAUGCUGGCAUGGUAACCAUGACAACAGCCAUCUCACUUGUCAAUAGAUAUUGUUCUAAGCUUCCUAGUGACACCUUCACUCAUCUCUCUCCUAAGUGCCACACAGCCCCCAUGCACACUGGUACAGGCCCUGUAAUGUACCAAUCACAGAUAUUCCUACCGAUCAACUCACCUAUUCGGGAUCCCAUCCAGGGCCCUCCAAUGCCAAAGAGGAAGUUAGCUGAAAUGGCUGCUGCGUUAAAGACAUGUGAAACACUUCACAAAGCUGGGGAGCUUGAUGACAAUCUUCUCCCAGUGGGAAAGGACACUGUGCUCCUGUUAGAAGAUUUUGGCUAUGAGCAGGAGGUGGUUGAGGAGGGGCAGGGUAGACCAGGAACAACAAAGAGACGACAGUACUAUAACAAAGAGGUUGCAAUGUGUCUGAAAAGUUGCCACCCUUCGAUCAAUCAACCAUGCCAUCUUUAUGAGAUCCACAUGUCCCUUGCCUCUCCGUUGCCAGAGGUACUGAAUGUGCGUGAUCGAAAGUUGCAUGUCCCAGAGGAGACCACACAAUGCUUUGGAAUACUCACCACGAAGAUCAUUCCCAAGAUACCAGGUUUUCCAGUCUACACACGAGCAGGUGAGUUGGUCAUAUCAGUGGAUCUGUUGACCUCUGACAUCACAGUGACCUCUGACCAGUUGAACCAAUUGCAGCGAUUUCACAGCUGCAUCUUUGCUGAGGUCCUGCGGCUGGAGAAACCUAACCUGGAAUUUGACACUGAGAAGGCUGAAGCCAACUACCUCAUAGCACCUCUCAACAAAAGUGAUGAAGAUCAGAAGCUCCACAUUGACUGGAACUUUUUAAAAACUGUCAGUGAAAGUUCUGGGAUGCUAGACAGGCCACCAAUUCUUCCGGACUACAGUAGAAAUCAGUUUGUCUUUAGUCACGAAGCCUUCGCCGAUGCUGUGGUGACACCAAUCUAUCGUAACAUUGACCAGCCCCAGAGGUACUACAUUGCUGAUAUUUUGAACAAUCUUCCAGUGACAAGUCCAUUCCCUUCGGAGAAGUAUGAGAAGUUCAUUGACUAUUACUUUGAACGGUAUGACAUCCAGUUGUCCAACUACCAGCAGCCUCUGCUGGAUGUUGAUUGCAUGUCAUCCAGGCUGAACCUACUGACCCCAAGAUACCUGAAUCACAAGGGGAAAGCCUUGCCGAUCAGCAAGACACAGAGCAAGAAAAACUACCUCCAGAAAAAGCAAUAUCUGGUACCAGAGCUCUGCUACAUCUACCCUAUUCCAGCGUCGCUCUGGAGGAAAGCAGUCUGUUUACCCAGCAUCCUAUACAGGCUGAAUUCAUUGCUUGUGGCUGAGGAAUUGCGUGUACAGAUCAGCAUGGGGGCAGGAGUUGGAGUGGCAGAGCUGCCACCUGACGUGUACCCGUUUGCUAACAUGACCUUUGGCUGGGAGGGACUGGAAUUGCAGAACCUUGAAAAUCAGAACAAGCAACCUGGAGAAGCAAAGGAUGGUAGCACAGUGGAAAGAACAGGUGGCAGUCCCAAAGGAACUGAGACCAAGCAAGAGAAGAAUGAGAAUUCAAAGUUGAAAGAAAGAACGAGUUGCUGUUUGGAUACAGAAAGCUUGGGUGAAGCUGGAAACAUCACAUUACUGAAGAAAAUGAAUGGUGAAGUCAAGGGGCAGAAAUACCUUGACCACAGCACUGUUGGCUUAAACAGUAAGACAGUGACAGGAACUGAGCAGGAUGCAAUAGCUAAAGAGAUGUGCAGUAGAGAAGGUCAUAAUGAUGGCUUCAAAUCCACAAUACCUCCUGAGUUAAAUUCAAGCAAUCUAGAGAAGACAGACAAAGCAAAAGUGAACUUGAAAAGUGAGGGUGCACUUGUAAGACACCACAAACUUGAAGUGAGCCCUGCAAGCAGUCGUGAGAAAAUGGCAUGUGCCAGUUCUCCAAGUGAAGGAUAUUGCAGAUGCUUGCAAGAGAGAAAUCAGAAUGAAUUUGAUGAGGCUUCAAGGGGCAGAGGAGGCUACACAUUGAAGCUCAGUGUUUUAGAUGAUCAAGGUCAUGAUCCAGCCAGUCUGCCAGGUCCCAGCCCCACUACCAUCCUCCAGUCCCUGACUAUGUCCAACUCCAGUGAUGGGUUCAACCUAGAGAGGCUAGAGAUGCUGGGAGACUCUUUCCUCAAACAAGCUGUCACCAUCUACCUGUAUUGCACUUAUCCCCGGCGCCACGAGGGCAAGUUGAGCUACAUGCGCAGCAAGCAGGUCAGCAACUUUAAUCUGUACCGUCUUGGCAAGGGAAAGGCCAUCGGGCAGAAAAUGCAGGUUGCUCUCUUUGAUCCUGCAAUCAACUGGCUGGCUCCGUGCUUCUCUGUCAAGGAGAAUGCUCCUACUGAAGAACAGCCAUCAUAUAAGUCUUACCAGAAAGAGGGUAGUGACUUAUCUUCAGAUGAUGGGGAUUUUGCCAUCGACACGUGGGACCCAAGCAGUGUGGAUAUGUGGGACUCCAAUGCAGUCAUUGAGGAGGAGACAGCACCUGAUUUUGAAAUACCCAUGAUGACUAAAGAAGACAUGGAUAGUGAUUUCAGUGAUGAGGAUCCCACUUACCAGUAUCCAGAUAGGAGCUUUCGCUCUCUAGACCCUUGGACCUUCUCCCUGGAGGAUGCAGAUAACCUCCCUGGCUUGACAUACACUGGCAGAAAGCCGGACGACAUGGGAGACCUUCCUGAGCUACCUUAUGAAAUUCACACCCAGCACAACCUCUCCGAUAAGAACUUGGCCGACUCUGUGGAGGCACUUAUAGGCUGUUACCUCAUAUCUUGCGGUUUCCGCAGUGCACUCAUCGUAAUGUCUUGGUUUGGAUUGCGUGUGCUACCACAGAUUUGUGAGGGUGCUCCUUGUGAUUCUGAAGCCAAGGUAGUUGAUGAGCUAGUCACGUGGGAACAAGAGUACUCCGAGAAUCAGAAUAACUGCAAGAAGCCUCAAGCUCGCUAUGGUUACCUGAAGCAACCAGAAUCGCCAUUCUUCAGAAAUGUCUCUGAUGCUGAAGAGAGGUUAAAUCAUCUUCUAGUGGGCAUGGAUGACUUUGAGCAAACCAUCAAGUACAGCUUCAGUGACAAGGCUUACUUAGUGCAGGCCUUCACACAUGCUUCCUACCACUACAACUGUGUCACUGAUUGCUAUCAAAGGCUAGAAUUUCUUGGGGAUGCUAUCUUAGACUACCUCAUUACCCGGCAUCUCUUUGACCACCAUCAGGACCUUUCGCCCGGGGCUUUGACUGACUUGCGCUCAGCCCUCGUCAAUAACACCAUCUUCGCUUCCCUAGCCGUCAAGUUUGGCUACCAUAAAUACUUCAAGGCGCUUAGCCCUGAGCUUUUCCAUGUUAUCGACAACUUUGUAACCUUUGUGAAGGAGAAGAAGGAGGCUCUGGGCAUGGGUUCACAGUUAAAAGUGCUGGAUGUGGAAGGCCUUCCAGGACACGAGGAUGAGAGUGAAGACAUUGAGGUACCCAAAGCACUAGGAGACAUCUUUGAAUCAGUAGCUGGAGCUGUGUAUCUGGAUAGCGGUAUGUCACUGGACACUGUCUGGAGAGUUUACUAUCCACUCAUGAAGCCACAGAUAGAACAAUAUGCAGCAAGUUUACCGAUUUCACCUGUGAGAGAGCUUCUGGAGAUGGAGCCAGAAACAGCAAGAUUUGGCCCACCAGAGAGAACAAUGGAUGGCAAGACUCGAGUUACUGUGAAUGUUGUUGGCAAGGGGAAAUUUAAGGGCAUAGGCCGUAACUACCGCAUUGCCAAGGCAACAGCAGCAAGAUGUGCACUCAGACAUCUGAAGAGCCAAAAGAAAUAAAGGACAUCCUCGAACAUAUGACAUUUAAAAUAUGGAGAAGACCACAUUUGAGAAGCAAAUGCCAAGUUGUUUGAGAUACAUGUUGAUAUUUGUGGAAGGUAUUUUAUAUCACAUUUUGAAUGACACUCAUUAGCUCAAGCUUGCAAACUAAAUACAUAUAUGUAAAUGCUUACUUCACUGCUGCUCAAUUUAGUGCUCGGAUGCAAUGCUCGAGAAACCAUAAAAACUGAACAAUGACAUGUUGUAAAUUGUUGGGACUCAUCAUGAUAACUCAUAGUAACAGCUGUAAACCAGUGGGCUCUUUGUAUCUAUGGUUGAUAAGUACUUUUCCAAGUUCAACAAGGUGGUGGUAUCUGUACAUGCUGAAGUGGUCUUUCCUUCAGCAGUAUGGUCUUACCAAUCAAGGGCUGCAUGGUUGCUAUUGGGUAGACAAACUAGUAUAGCAUUUGAAGUGGACAGCUAAUUGAUCACAAAAAUGGGAAUUUCAUAGCUUCUUUGUUGAAAAGAGGCGAGGUUGAGAGUUCAUGUGGACUUAAGUCUUGAACACAAGCACACUGCAUUGUAGUGAAAUACAGUGUAGGUUCAAUCUUAAAAGAGGAUUUAUCUCCAACAAUUCUGGCAAGAGAGUACUUUUAUUGUAUUGACAAACAGGUGGUGCUUUAAAUGAUGAAUAUUAAAUAGUUUGAUCAGUGUAUAAACACCCCGAAGAGGAUCCCUCAUUCUGUUUGAAAUUAUUUGCAAGAUGCAUUCUUGUGAUUAUAAGUAUCCAUACAUUUUUUUAAGCAUGAAUUAAUUUCUUGGGUGUUUUUCUUCUUUUGGGGGAUGUCUGCAAUACAUAUAAUAAUAAACAGUACUCCUUGAAAGGGAGCUUUGUGUUUUAUGGGAUAUGGCAACAUUUGGGGAACUUGUUCAUCUUGUGGAAUUCACAGUGCAGCUGUUUGACGCCAUGCCAUAAAUUGCCAAAUUGGUGUUAGUGUUCUUGGGUUCACAUCAAUUUUGAAUCACCUUUGCAUCAUUCCGUUAACAGGCAUGCAAAUUUUUUCUCAGAUCAGACGAUUUCCUUUUUUUUUGGAAUUUACCAUUGAAAUGGAAAAAAAAAACACCCUCCGAACUCUUGUGCAGGUUGAAAUUUCUUCCUUGUUCAGGUUUCCCAUUUGCAUGCCUGAGUUACAUAAUUUGAAUACAAUAGAAUCCUGGCGUGAUAUUUUUAACGCACUCACACUUUUAACAUCAUACCGGGACUUUGAAGUAGCCUCAAAGAAUGUAUUACUUUAUCAUGAAAAUCAGUAUUUGUAACGUAUCAUUCUUGUUGAAUAGUUGGUGUUUCCUCCAUGUGCAUUCAAAAGUUUUAAAUGUAUUACAGUAUUAGAUACAAAGUUUGUAAAAAUAUGUACUUUCCUGAUUCUCAAAGCAAGAACCGGUGAUGCAGAGAAAGAUUUAAUUUUCGAAUACAACUAUUUUUGUGACACAAACCUAUGAAAUACUUCAAAUUAAUAUAGAUCAUGCUUCCAUGUUCAGGAAGUGAUUCACAUUGAAGAAAAAAUACAGAAAUCUUCAUGGCCUGUGUUUAUUGCUUCUCCACAGUGGUACAUGUAAUACAUGUUAUCAGUAAAUGUAAAUGUACUCAUUUCCAAGGAUUCAGAACUAAAACGGCUAUUUCCCACUCAUAGGAUUUGAAAGUUGUAAACAAAACAUAUUCCAGUUGUCACCAAUUAAAACUGAACUCCAUUUCAUUAGAGCA